UUCUCUCCGUGAACACACACACACACUGAAACAAAGAGACAGAGGAUAACGUUCACUGUGAAAAAUAAAAGAGACGACUUCCACAGAGAGACGACAGCUUCAGGAGGGAAUACUGGAAUACUGGAAUACUGCCACUUCAACCAGUUACUGACUGAACUCUGUAAGAAGCUUCAGAAAAACAAGAGUCAAAGUAAGUAACAGGAGACUCUGUGGAGGAGGAACCUCAGCAGUCUGACCUGUUUGUGCUGUUUGAACUGUCCAUAUCUGUCGGGAGUUUUGCUUCACUCAGAGAAAAAUGGCUUCUUGUUCAGAGGAGGAUCUGUGCUGUUCUGUCUGCUGUGACAUCUUCAAACAUCCUGUGAUUCUGUCAUGUAGCCACAGCUUCUGUAAAGCCUGUCUGCAGAGAUGGUGGAGAGAGAAGCAGGCCCAGGAGUGUCCAGUCUGUAGGAAAAGAUCUUCGAGGUCAGAACCACCUAUUAACUUGGCAUUAAAGAACAUGUGUGAGGCCUUCUUACUGCAGAGAGAUCAGAGAGCUUCAUCAGACUCUGAGGAUCUCUGCAGUUUGCACUCUGAGAAACUCAGACUGUUCUGUCUGGAUCAUCAGCAGCCAGCAUGUCUUGUCUGCAGAGACUCUAAACAACACACCAACCACACAUUCAGACCCAUCGAUGAAGCUGCACAAGAUCUCAGGGACGAGCUCCAGGAAUCACUGAAGCCCUUAAAGGACAAACUGAAGCGAUUUCAUGAGGUCAAAAAAGUCUGGAAUGAAACAGCAAAACACAUCAAGGCCCAGGCUGCAAACACAGAGAGACAGAUAAAGGAGCAGUUUAAGAAACUUCACCAGUUUCUAGAAGAGGAAGAGGAGGUCAGAAUAUUUUCACUGAAGGAGGAAGAGAAGCAGAAGAGUCAGAGGAUGAAGGAGGAGAUGGAGGUUCUGAGCACAGAGAUAGCAGCUCUUUCACAAACAGUCAGAGCCACAGAGGACAAGCUGAGAGCUGCAGACGUCUCAUUCCUGAAAAACUACAAGGCUGCAGUGGAAAGAGUCAAGCAGUGCCCCCUGCUGGAGGAUCCACAGCUGCCCUCAGGAGCUCUGAUAGAUGUGGCCAAACACCUGGGCAACCUGAGCUUCCACAUCUGGAACAAGAUGAAGAACAUGGUCUCCUACAGUCCUGUGAUUCCGGACCCAAACUCUGCUGGUUCAGACCUCAUCCUGUCUGAAGAUCUGACCUGUGUGAGAGGAGGAGAGGAGCAGCAGCUUCCUGAUAAUCCAGAGAGGAUUGGAUACAGAUCUGUCCUGAGCUCUAAGGGCUUCAACUCAGGGACUCACAGCUGGGACGUCGAGGUUGGAGAGAACACAAACUGGGAAGUUGGUGUGUGUGAGGAGUCAGCAGUCAGGAAGAGAGACAUAAACUCUGGAUUAUGGAGAAUAGAGUUUUUCAAUUAUAAAUACACAGCAUACACCCCAUCAGAUGAACACAAUGAUCUGUCUGUGAGAAGACGACCUCAGAGGAUCAGAGUGAAUCUGGACUGGGACAGAGGAAAGCUGUCAUUCUCUGAUCCUGACACUAACACACACAUACACACCUUCACACACACUUUCACUGAAAAGCUGUUUCCAUACAUUUAUAGUUAUGAUCCAUGUCCUCUGAAGAUAAUACCACUGAACGUCUCUGUAACAGUGAAUCAUCAACCUAAGAGAUGAUGAUGAUUUUGAUGAAGUGAGUUUAAUAUCUGCUCACAUGUUGUUCUUAUCUUUACAUAAACUCACAUUUUUACAGGAAAAAAAGAUGAAACACAUCUCAGUUUAAAUGACAGAAGUUGUUUUUCCCUCUUAUGUCUAAGUUUUUUAAUAGCAUGUAAAAAGCUCCUGUGUGAGGAUUUUUUGCUCUGUGAAAAAUUUAAAACAUUUCUGGGAAUAAUUCAUGUAACAUCCUUACCUAAACUCUCUCAUCCAGGUGUACACUCCCUCCCGUCCACUCUGCUCUGCCAAUGAAAGGCGUCUGAUGCAAUCUUCACAACAGGGCCCUAACGGCGCACUCACACUGGCAAAGUUGUCCUGUAACGUGCUUAAGCACUAUUGCAUGAUUGCACAACACUCUAAGUUGUCUGUUUUGCUCUACUGUGUGAACUACAUAAAAGCUUGGAUGUCAAUUAAUUUUCUCCAGUUGAACACUGAUAAAAUAGAGGUUCUCACCUCUGCUCCUGUGCAUGUUGUUCCAGAGGUGAGGAAAUGUCUUUGUUUUCCUUCCUCUACUGUUAAACCUGCCGUGUGUUACGACGUUAUGUCCAAGGGUUAACCGUGUUCAGGCUUGUUAGUCCUGGAGCAGUGAGUGCAGGCCAGCAGGGGAAUGGGGAGGGGGGCAAUCGUGCACUAACUCUAGUCAAACAAACUGGACUUUAGGGUGAAGCGUGCUUGGGCAUGGCACAAAUUGCCCGUGUGAGUGCAUCCUAAGUCUCUAACUAGACUCUUCUCCUCUGUCUCCCUCCGGUGGUGGAAUGAAAUUCCAAACUCUAUUCGAUCUGCAGAGUCCCUUAACACCCUUAAGAAAAAACUAUUUAACUUUAUGAAAAUCUAUGCACUUAAUGAUAUUAAUCAUGAUGAUGAAGAUAUUUAGGAUGAUUUUGAUGAUGAUUAGAACUGUCAAGAACAGCUUUCCAUGUUGUGCUUUGCCUCUGCUCACUUCCUGUCAGUACCUGUGUGUCUGAUCGGACCUACUGACGUUGCUUUCUCCUCUCUAGAUCCUCGCUUGUGUUGUACUUACUCUCUGAUGUUCUGAUAAAUGAGUUGUAGAAAUGAUUAAGUUUAAUAAAAGGCA